CUAACUUAUUAUUUCCAUUUUCCUCUACUCUUAUUAUUUCCUAAUUUCCCUACCCUAUUAUUUCCUCUUCACGCCUUCACCCGUUCAGUUCAGGCGCCGCUUCUGCCUUGCUCAAGAUUUUCCCCUACCCUAUUAUUUCCUCUUUACGAGUCACGACAUCACCCGUUCAGUUCAGGCGCCGGCGAGCCGCUUCUGCUUCAGUUCAGAAUCUGAAGUUCCUCAAGAGUCAAGCUCUGCUCAAGCCUCAACGUUUUUGGCAGAACUGUUCUGCUUCUGCCCCUUUAGAGCUGAAGCCUCAAAUUUUCUUCACUCAAAAUUCCUCCUUUCUCGGUUUCUCCCACAGAUCUGGAAGGUGUACAACAGCUCGUGUUAGGUCUUUAUAUCAUAAGAGGGGACAACAUAAGUGUUGUUGGGGAAUUAGAUGAAGAGCUGGAUGCAAACUUGGAUAUGUCGAAACUAAGAGCACAUCCUUUAAAGCCAGUUGUUCAUUGAUCUGCAUCUUGGCAUGAGUUUGUAAUGUUGGCUAUGGCAUGGAUCAAACGUCGGUUACACAAGGAACUUUCGGUACAGUUCGUAGAAUUAAAUUCAGAUGUGUUAUGCGCCUUUGAACAAAUACUUCUAGUCUGUGAUUCACCAUUGUAUGCCUUUGGUUAUGUUCUACUUUUGUGUAAGUUGCAUUCGGUACAUAGUCUUCCAGUUAUGCUCUACUUUUGUCCCAAAACUGAGUCUGGUGGCUAGAUCAAAAUUUGAUGGUUGAUUCUCACAAGCCAAAGCAUGGGCUUUCUCUGAAAUAUAUGUGCUUCCUAA